AUUAAAAACUAAUAAUAAUUGUAAUAAUAGUGAAAAUAGUAAAGAUAAUAAUAAUAUUAGUAAAUGUAAUAAUAAUGAUAGCGAUAAUAUAAGUAAUGAUAGUGAUAAUAAUAGUAAUAACAAUAUUGAAAUGAUAGAAGAAACACAAGAAAUUUAUAUGAAUUCUUUGAUUACAAAUAGUAGUAAUGACGGUAAUGAUAAUAAUGUAAAUAAUAAUAGCGAAAAAAAUGAAAGUGAUAAUAAUAUUAAUUUAAAUAAUAAUAACAAUAAUGAUAAAAAUAAUGAAAAUAUUAAUAAUGAUUUCAAUAAUAGAAAAAUAAAACAUAAUAAUGAUAUGUCAGAUAAAGAAUUAGUUCAUAAUAAUGAUAUUAUAAUAAUAGGGAAGACAGUACCAAUAUCAACACCAUCACCAUCAUCAUCAUCACCAUCAGUAUAUUUAACAUUAAAUAAUGAUAAUAAUAAUUCAACUGUAAAUGCAACAACAACAAUAACAUCAAAUAUUAAUGAAAAUAAUAAUAAUAAUGAAAACGAACAACAAAAUAAUGAAUUAUCAACAAUAACAAAUAGUAAUAAUAACAAUUAUCAAAAUACUGAAAGAAAUUAUUUAAAUUCUGUUUCUGGUUUAGAAUUAAAUUUGAAUCAUACAAACAAUAAUAAUAAUAACAGUAAUAAUAAUAAUGUAAAUAAUAGUAAUCAAUCAUCAUCUGUUUCUUCAAUAUCAUCUACAUCUACAUCAUCAGCUGCUAUUGCAGCUGCUAUUGCUACAGCAGCAGCAGCAGCUGCUGCUGCUGCAGCUGCAGUUAAUGUUACAACAACAUCAUCAAAUUCAAAUGAUCAAAAUAAUAUUAAUAACAAUAAUAAUAUUAGUGAUAGCAAUAAUAAUAUUAAUAAUAAUAAUAAUAAUGAUAAUAACAGUAAUCAUAAUCAUCGCAGUGAUAUUAUUAAUAAUGUUAAUAAUAUUGGUAUUAAUGGUGGUGGUAAUGGUAAUGGUAAUAUUGGUGGAAAUAAUAAUAUUAAUAAUAUUAGUCAAUAUAUCGAUUUUGAUUAUCCAAUGUUAAAUACAAAUGAUGUUGUAACAACGCAAAUUUCAACAAAAUAUUAUCAUCCAUUAUAUUCUCAUGGUAUGUGUAAAUGGCCUGGCUGUGAAUUAUUACUUGAUGACAUAACAACAUUUGUAAAACAUCUUAAUACUGAGCAUAGCUUAGAUGAUCGUUCAACUGCUCAAGCUCGUGUUCAAAUGCAAGUUGUGUCACAAUUGGAAGUUCAUUUACAAAAGGAACGUGAUCGCUUACAAGCAAUGUUACAGCAUUUUUAUAUUAUGAAACAAUUUAGAAAUGAUAAGAAAUCAGAUUGUAAGGAAAAUAAUGUAAAUUUUAUGCAAUGUCCAUCAACAUUAAAUUUAACAAAUCCAAUGAUGCCAGUUGCAUUACGUUCACCAAAUUUAUUAGGUAAUCCUAACAUAUCAUCAAUAAGAAAGCGUAUUAGUGAUAAAUCACCAUUAUCAUUAGCUGGUGGUCUUCCUUAUAUGCUGGAACGUGCUGGUUUAGAUGUUCAACAAGAAAUUCAACGAAAUCGAGAAUUUUAUAAGAAUGCUGAUGUGAGACCACCCUUUACUUAUGCAUCUCUAAUUAGACAAUCUAUUAUAGAAUCACCAGACAAACAAUUAACAUUAAAUGAAAUUUAUAAUUGGUUUCAAAAUACAUUUUGUUAUUUUCGAAGAAAUGCAGCCACAUGGAAGAAUGCAGUACGACACAAUUUAUCACUUCACAAAUGUUUUAUGAGGGUUGAAAAUGUUAAAGGUGCCGUUUGGACAGUUGACGAAAUUGAAUUUUAUAAAAGAAGACCACAAAGAUCUACGGCAGCUGCUGCAUUAUCAUCAUCUGUAUCAGAUAGUGGUCCAACAUUUGGAAGUGGGCCCCAUCAUGGAUCAGUGUCAAAUUCACCGACAUAUGGCAAUGAUAAUUUCUCAUCUAAUUUACAGAAUAUAUGGACAUGCCCAUCAAUAUCUUUAGAUGAUGUUCCUAUUUUAGCAUCCAAUACACCGAUAUCAAACUUCAUGCGACAAAAUCAAGAUGCCUAUAGAAUUCAGUUGCUAGAUAGAGCUCAUGAUAAUCGUGAUGCAAGAUUAUUAUCUGGAAAUAAUAUUGGUUUACCACCAUCAACACCAACAAUACCAGGAUUACCAUCACAUUGUUCAAUACAAUAUAUGUCACAAACAGAAAAAUUAAUGUUAGCAGCAAAUUUAGAAAGAAAUUAUCAUCAACAGCAGCAACAACAACAGCAACAACAACAGCAACAACAUCAUUCACAUCAUCAUCAACAUCAUCAUCAUCAUCGUUUUAAUGGUGGCAAUAGUAUAUUAAAUCCCCAUCAUACAAUCGAUUUAUUACAACAUCAUCAUCAACAGCAACAACAACAACAACAACAACAACAACAUCAUCAACAUCAUCAGCAUCAUCAUCAUCAACAGCAGCAACAUAAUAAUUUAAUGGAUAGAAUAGAUAUGAAAUCAACACCAGAGGACUUAUCAACAACAUCUCUCGAUAAUUAAAAUAUAUCAAUAUAGUAAUGUAAAAAUAAACACACAUAUGUUACAAUUCUAUAAUAUACAUGCAUAUUAUACAAUUCUAUUAUGUAUAUUAUGUAAAUUAUAUAUUUUAAUCAAUUGAUAUAUAAACAUACACAUAUACAUUUAUAUAUAUAUAUAUAUAUGCAUAUAUACAGGAUGCUUCGCGCACAAG